CGUAAAAGGCCGCCAAAGGUCGGUCCGUCCAAGCCCACGCCCGAGCCGCCGCCACAACACUGGCCUACACUGCACCAUGGCGGCCUGGCGGGGAGCACUCGCUGCCGGAGCCUUCCUUCUGCCCGCCGCCCGCCUGCCACUGCACCGGACCGUCUGCUGCUCAGCUCAAGUGUUUGGUAUCAAAUCACGAUGGGUUGCUCCUCUUUACCGAGAACUGAAGCACAGACACAAGAGAAUGGAGCAGAAGAGGAAGGAGAAAGGUGAAGUUGUCAUCAAUAAGCGAUCAGAAUUCAUUGAAUGGAAUUACAAUGCUGAACUGUAUGCAUUCAGCAAGAGGCUACAGGAGGAAUUUGACUCCGAUGCUCUUCGUGAGGCCUUAACGCAUGCCUCAUACAUCCACAAAGAGAGACAACGACAGCAGGAGCUCGGCGUGAGUGACCCGGGCCUGGCAAUGGAGGACAACAAUCAGCUUGCGGCCAAGGGGGAGCGGGUGAUUGCUGAUUACUGCACCGCUUACCUGCGUGCUGCCCUGCCCCUGCUGCCUGAGGAGGGGGUGAGCUCACUGGUGGACUAUUUGCUAUCAGAAGAUGUUAUGUCAGCAGUUGGCUAUGGAAUCGGCCUGAGAGAUCUUGUAUUGUGUGAGGAGCAUCCGCCCUCCCCCAGCACGAUGGCAAGGUGUUUCCAGGCAGUCGUUGGGGCCCUGAGUGUGUCGUCGCCUGACCCACGCUGCCGCCUCAGACGUGACUUUGUGGUGGCGCCGCGGGUGGGGAAGGAGGUGGACUCCAUCUGGAAGAUCGAGAACCCCAAGGCAGUGCUGGCAGACAUCCUUCACAAGAGCAGCCGCGGUGAACCUGAGCCACGACUGAUCUUUCAGUCCGGUACAACGACUCUCCAGGCAGUGUACCACGUGGGCAUAUACUCAGACAAGGAGUUCCUGGGCUCUGGUUACGGGGAAUCUGUGGAGACCGCGGUGGAGGAGGCAGCUCAUGAUGCCCUGCGAAGGCUCUUCCAGAUCACAGAGUCAGCGCCACCUCUGCCGUUCGGGAAGGAAGCGGAGGCCCUUCUCCUUAAGAGUAAGUCAAACAUUUCUCUCGAUGAGUGGUCCAUAGACAAAGUCAAAAAUGUGUUUGUGUGUUGAGUGUUUCAAAGCUGCAUUUUGUUACCGUUAAGAAGAGGUUGAUCCAGGGCUGAACAAAACAAAAAUGCCUGCAAUGUGAUGGUAAAAACAGGAGAUGCCAAGGAAUUGUCAAUCAAUACACCUCUUGAAAGGUUUGUUGCAGUAUUGUAAAUAUUGAAUAAAGCUUUUGAGUA